AUGGCAGAAUACUCCACCAACGAAAGUGUCCUCUGCUUCCAUGGGCCUCUCAUCUACGCUGCAAAAAUUCUCAAGGUGCAAGAAGGCGACGCCGAAAGGCCCGAUGCAAUUACUGGAAAGCCUGGUGCACAGUACUUUGUGCAUUAUAAAGGAUGGAAGACAACGUGGGAUGAAUGGGUUCCAACGGACAGACUUUUGAAAGACAAUGAAGUCAACCGUAUCAAACAAAAGGAGCUCAAACAGCAACAAACAGCGAAGGAGCGUCCUCCAACCAAAGCAUCUACUUCAGGCAACGCAACUGGCUCAACAGCGGGCGCAAGCACCAAUACCAACACUGGAACACGUUCCGGUACACGAAAGGAUCUUGGAACGCGUGGAACCAAACGAGGGCGCGAUGAGGUGGAGGGAACUAAGAAACCCGACAUGCGUCUCAACGUCCCGGAGCAGCUCAAGGCCAAACUUGUCGAUGACUGGGAAGCAGUCACAAAAAACGCUCUCCUUGUUACCUUACCCUGUAAACCGACUGUGGAACAGCUCUUGACCGAAUUUGAAACCCAUCUGAGGAAUACGAAUCCAUCUCAUCUCAAAGACUCUGCCUCACUUUCCGCUGCUGUUAUCGCCGGGCUCAAAACCUAUUUCGACAAGGCUCUUGGCAAUUGUCUGUUGUAUCGCGAGGAACGUCCGCAGUUUGGAGACAUUCGUAUCCAGUAUAUCACUGGGCAACAUGUUAAACAAGCUGCUGAGAUGAGCCAAAUCUAUGGAGCAGAACAUCUUCUGCGAAUGCUAGUUACGAUGCCUUCGAUGAUUGCACAAUCAACCCUCGACUCUGAAUCAACAGAUAUAGUGCGAGACUAUGUCAAUGAACUGUUCGUCUGGAUGCUACAGGAGGAAGCUCGACUCUUCCAGCCAGAAUAUCGCGAAUAUGCUAGCCCAGCUUAUCAAAAUGUAGCGAAAAGCUGA